AUGAUAUGCAAACACAACGUUUUAAAGUCCGGUUUCUCAGGCUCUAGGCCUUGGAAAAACAUACGUGUUUGGAUACCCGGAAAUCUUAAGACAAUUAACGAUCUUAGAAAACAUUUGGCAAAUAGUGGUCUCAUUAAUGAAAGCGUCGACUUUAUUACCACCGGAAGCGGCACUACUCUUAUGUUUCAAUCGCUUCCCGAUGACGAGCCAUUAGAAAAUAGCCAGGUACAUUGGAAUUAUGCCAUAUAUGUUCAUUCGAGAUCUAAUCAGGUGGUCAUCAACCAAUUAUCAGGUCUGAGUGAAGAGUCGGACCGAAAGUGUCGUGAAUUGUGUGAAGAGAUGUCGGCUCUGAAGGCAAGCAAUGAGUCCGAAGUGAAGGCAUUGAAAGCACAGCUCAAGUCAUCAGAAGAUUCAAUGCAUACAAUGGCGGAAGAGAUCAAUGAUUUGAGACAACAAUUGUGUUCAGAAAAGAGUAAUCAAGAAGUAGUCACAGAUUUGAGUGAAUUGUUGACAAAAAACAUUGCUUUAAGUGAAGAGUUAUUGGCUUUUAAGUCGAGCAAUGAGUCUGAAGUAAAGACAUUAAAAGCAGAGCUGAUGUCAUCCAUGGAUUCAAUGGAGACAAUGGUUACCGAAAAUAAUAAUUUGAAACAAAUGGCGUAUACUUUAUCACAAGUGGUUUCAAAUAACAUGAGUAAUCAAAAUAUGGACACAGAUGUGAAGCACAAAUCCAAACAUACCAUUGAAUCUGAUAUCAAACUAUUGGCUCAAGAAAUCAAUUGUUUAAAUAUAAGGCAUUCAUUGAGUGAUUCGUCGUCCAGUUGUUCAUCGAUCGGAUCCCACAAUCAAUUGACCACUAAUUAAG